AUGGCUCACCGUCGUGGAAUGGACGCUGGGUGCCUGGUGCUCCUCUUCGUCGUUCUCUCCGCCCUCUGCGCGGACUCCGCUGCCCACUCCAACAUGCAAGGCCCCCGAGGGCUCAACUUGGGCGGAGUGCUGGGGCCGCUGGUGGACCAGGUCGGCCAGAUUCUCACGGGAACGGUCAACGGCACGCUGGGCACCGCCGCCAACAUCACCGGCUGGACCGGGGCCAAUACCACCGCACCGACCAACCCGUGCACCUGGACCGGCAUCACCUGCAACGCCCUGGGCAACAUCACUGGCCUUGUCCUGGACGGGCUCGCGCUGACUGGCGCCAUUCCCAGCGGUCUCGACGCGUUGGCAAACUUGACCACUCUUGAUCUGUCCGACAACAAUUACAACGGAACCAUUCCCGACCUUUCAGGCUUCACCUCUCUUCUCAACCUGGAUUUGUCCGGCAAUGACCUUACGGGCGCCAUCCCCUCACUCGCCAACCUCACCCAGCUCCUGCACCUGUACGCUUUCAACCCCCCUCUCUUCCAAGAGGCCUCCACGGUCUUAUCGCUUUCGCUCUUUGACAGGGACCUCUCCGGCAAUCUGCUGAACGGCACCAUCCCCUCCCUCGACAACCUCACCUCCCUCCUCACUCUCGACCUUUCGAACAACGCGCUCGAGGGCGUCAUCCCUUCGCUCUCCUCCCUCAUCUCGCUCAUCUCCCUGGACCUGUCCAACAACGCGCUGACGGGCUCGAUCGCCGACUUGUCGGCCCUCACCUCGCUCGAGUACCUCGACCUGAGCAACAACAACCUCGAAGGCACCAUCCCCGAUCUGAGCGCCCUCCGAUCUCUCCGCUACAUUAAUUUGAGCGGCAAUAACCUGACUGGCGAGUUCCCCGACCUCUCCCAGCUCUCCAACCUCACCACCCUUAUCGUGUCGGACAACUUGGAGCUGUUCGUGCUCGGCAUUCCGGCCACGCUCAUCGACGGACUCACUUCGCUCACCACGCUCGUUCUGGACAACACCGGAGCCACUGGCCUGCUCCCCAACUUCGUGCUGGGCGCGUUGCAGACCCUGUCUAUUGAGAACAACCUCCUGUGCGGCGCGCUCCCCUCGGUCCUCUCGCAACCCGUGGCCGGCCUCAACUUCGCCGCCGGAUGCAACUGGUGCCGUCGCCGCGUGCGACACGUCGCGCUGCGCCAGCGUCGGGUGUCUCAUCCCGACCCCGUCUUCCCCCACCGGCUCCAUUCUCAAUUUACGAAUGUGGUGGUGUGGCUGAACGUGAACAGGGAGCACCCGGCGCCAUCCGCGCAGGCCGGCAGCGAUGUUACGCUGCAGGUCGGGCUGGUGUCGCUCGCCGAAAUCGACGAGCUCGGCGCCGUCAUCCACACCGAGCCGUUCCCGGCCGGCGGCAGCUACAGCAUCAGCGUCAACGCGUCGGUCCGGUCGAACGGCGCCACGGUCGACGAGAUCACGUUCCGGGCCACGCUGGCCAACGGCGCCGAGGUGGCCAUCGCCUACGUGCUCUCGCCCGAUUCGGCCUUCACCCAGCCGUGGGGCGAGAUCGCGGUCACAGUGCCGCGCAACCACCUCAAGUACACCUUCAACGCCCGCCGGUGGCCCUUUGCCGGCGCGGCCCACCGCCUGCGGCUCGCGAUGAGCCUGGCCUCCCACCCCCUGGUGGGCUCGGCCGACCGCGUCGACGACGCCGCGGCGGCCACGUCCAGCCUGAGCCUACACGUGGCCAACUCCACUGCUGACGUCAGCGUGGGCCUGUACGGCUUCGCCCUGGUCUACAGCGCGCAGGAGGCCGAUGACUCGCUGACGGCGCCCACCGGCGCCCAUCGCUCGGCCAACGUCACCGCGAGCCUGUCGGCCGACUUUGGCUCCAUUCUGGUCGAUUUCCCGUCGUUCGACGCCGCGACCGAGGUCCUGUCAUACGACCCGUCGUUCGGGGUGCUCUACGGCGGCGUCAACACCCGCGACGACGGACAGGGCGGCUCGUCGGACGGCAACACGUGGGUCAUCGCCGUGGCCGUGGCCGUUCCCGUGGCCAUCGUGGUGGUGCUGGUGGCGGUGGUGGCGGUGUUCGGUGUGGCCUGGUGGCGCCAUCGCUCCUACGACCGAAGGAGUCGCAUCUAUCGCGGCUCCAUGAUCAACGUGGGACCCGACGAGGGGCUGUAA